GCAAACCUCUCUCUCCCUCCCUAUCUGGCCUGAAAUCAUCGCCAACUCAUCCUUCUCUCGAGUCCUAAACCCUCGACUGGAGCUAGUUGGGAAGGCAACGACGGGAUCGCGGCAUACCAAGAUCUCUGAAACUCCUUGAAAGGUAAAGCAAAGGAGGAAAAGAUGACUUCAAGUCAAGUUCGAGUGAUAAGAGUGUCCAUGGAUGGGAGCGGAGAUUAUGACAAGGUGCAGGAAGCAAUUGAUUCAGUCUCACUUUCUAAUAGCAUGAGGACAGUGAUCCAGGUGUCUCCUGGGCUUUAUAGGGGGCCUGUAUAUGUUCCUAAGACCAAGAACCUCAUCACCCUUGCUGCCUAUAACCCUGAGAGAACCAUUAUCUCCUGGCACAACACAGCCACAUGCAUUAACCAUCACCAGGCAUCCCGUGUGAUCGGCACAGGAACAUUUGGUUGUGGGAGCUUCAUCAUUGAAGGAGAGGAUUUCAUUGCUGAGAAUAUUACCUUUGAGAACUCAGCCCCUCAGGGUUCUGGCCAAGCCGUUGCAGUCAGAGUUACAGCUGAUCGGUGUGCAUUCUAUAAUUGCAGGUUCCUUGGAUGGCAGGAUACCUUGUAUUUGCAUUAUGGCAAACAUUAUUUGCGAGAUUGCUAUAUUGAAGGAAGUGUGGAUUUCAUUUUCGGGAAUGCCACAGCACUUCUUGAACAUUGUCACAUCAAUUGCAAAUCUACGGGAUUCAUAACUGCUCAAAGUAGGAAAUCCUCUCAAGAAUCAACAGGUUACGUGUUUUUGAGGUGUGUUAUAACCGGCAAUGGUGGCGUGUCAUAUGCAUAUCUUGGGCGACCAUGGGGUCCGUUUGCAAGGGUUAUUUUUGCAUACACCUGGAUGGAUGCGUGCAUAAGACCUACUGGGUGGAACAACUGGGAUAAGCCCGAAAAUGAGAGGAGUGCCUGCUUUUAUGAAUACAGGUGCUCUGGGCCGGGAAGCUUUCUUUCAAACCGAGUAACAUGGUCAAGAGAGUUGUUGGAUGAGGAGGCUGAACAAUUUCUUGCGCACUCUUUUAUUGAUCCAGAUCCUGAAAUGCAAUGGCUAGCACAAAGAAUGGCAGUGAGAAUACCAUUUUCAGUUUAAGUAUCAUUUUCUUGGUCGCUUGUUUGGUUUUCAUCCAAAGGUGCGCUGAGGCAAUGCCAAGCAUUUCUUUUUAUUAAUAAACUGCAAGUUUUAAUUUAUUAGAAUUAAAUGAAAUUAUGACACU